CCCUCUCGCAUGACAACUCAUCACAACUCACUUCCAAUUUCUGUAGUGUUGAAAGUUUCUAGUGCUCCCGGGAAAAUCCUCAAGGAAAAAUGGUUACGCAAAAGGCAGCAAAGAGUUCGGGAUUCACAAAGGAGGAGGAACUCCUCCUGCAGGAUUUCAGCAGGAAUGUGAGCACAAAAUCCUCAGCAUUGUUCUACGGGAAUGCCCUGAUUGUCUCAGCAAUUCCCAUUUGGCUCUUCUGGCGCAUCCACAUGAUUGAUUUGGUGUCUUCGAUCAUCUUCUUCGUGGCUGUCACCGGGUUGACCACCUACCUCAUUGCCAUGGCGUACAGAAACACCAAAUUCUCCCUGAAGCACAAAUUCGCCGUGAAACGCGAGGAUGCCGUUACCCGGGAGAUGACCAAACUCCUCGCGGAUGACAAGAAAUUGAGCCGAAAGGACAAAGAUGAGAGGAUUCUGUGGAAGAAGAAUGACGUAGCUGACUACGAAGCCACCACUUUCUCCAUCUUCUACAACAACGCACUCUUCCUGGCCAUUGUAGUCUUUGUCAGCUUCUACGUCCUCCGAACUGCAUCACCCACAUUCAAUUACAUCGUUUCCGUGACUGGAGCUGGAGGUCUCCUGGCACUUCUUUCCACCGGGAAAUCAUCAUAAAUCUCCACAGCAUAAAACAAAAGAAAAAGUUUUUUUUGUAUGUAUAAUUUAUUUCGAGGCAAAGAAAAAAAUCCUUUAAUACUCGAAAAAAGUGAA